CCACGGAGGAGCCUUCACUUCACUUCACGCCGGGACACGGACAAACAUGUACUGGGACUCCGCCAUCAAGCCUGAAGCAAAAAUAAAGAUGGAGGUGUGCCAGAGUGGCUUUUACGCGGAGGACUUUAGGACCCAGGAGGUGCCGGGAGGCUUUGACUUUGCAUCUUUUGACUACCCUGGUGAAGAUGUGUCUUUUCUGUUAGACAGCAGCAAGGCGUCCACGCAGCCGCAGCAGUAUCCGCUCGACAGCUGCUAUGCGGAGCCGCAAAAAGUUAACUCAAGUGACAUGGGCCUCUUCAACCUGGACUCAUUCCAGGAGUUCAGCUGGUGGACGUCUUAUCCACCAGAUGGGCUGUUGGUGGAGCAGGCCCAAGCAGGCGGCUACCAGGAACCAGGAGCCCCCCAGAGCUACCAGAGCCUGGUGCCCCAGAGCGGGCAGUUCAGCCCGGCCGUGGAGGGCAGCCACAGUCCCUUCCUGAGCGGGAAAAGCGAGGCAGAGUCCGGCUACUCUCGCCACUCGGCCGACCUCUACCCGGACUCGGACGGCCAAAGGAGAGCCUUCUGGUCCGAAUACUCCCCGGGCGGCUUCGGCGGCCCACUGCCGCACCCGCCCACCACUGCCAUCUGCCCCGCCCCCACCAACGCUGCCGCCGCCGCCACCGUCAACCCUCAGCCGUCAGACCACUACUACCCCCGUGUGGCCAAGCGCAAAAACAUGCAGCGGCCUGAGAGGGACAGUCACAUGGCCGCGAUGGCCGCUUACCCAGGUUCUGGCCCUAUUCAGCUGUGGCAGUUUCUACUGGAGCUUCUUCUGGACUCCUCCUGUCGCACCUUCAUCUCCUGGACCGGGGACGGCUGGGAGUUUAAGAUGUCCGACCCCACUGAGGUGGCCAAGCGCUGGGGUCAGUGUAAGAACAAGCCCAAGAUGAACUACGAGAAGCUGAGCCGGGGCCUUCGCUACUACUACCACAAGAACAUCAUCCACAAGACAGCGGGCAAGCGCUACGUCUACCGCUUCGUCUGCGACAUGCAGGGCAUGCUGGGAAAGACGGCGCAGGAGGUGCUGAGCAGCCUGAACAUUCUGCCCACCGCCGGCAGCACGGAGUCGACGGCGUCGGAGUUCAGCAGCGAGCGAUGGGAGUGAAAAAAAACAAAUCAAAAUGGAGUACUAUGGACCGCUUAGCGUGUGAGUAAUGUCAUGUACACAAUAAGUGACAUUUGUGUAUAAAUUCACCACGAGGCGAGGAGAAUUUGUGGUGGGAAAGUUCAGCAUGUCCAGCUCAGGGCCAAGGAGGCAUUUGAAGCACGACAAAGAGAAACGUGAAGCCACAUCUCGAACAACGGUAAAUAACCAAUGAGUAUUAGGGCCACACCGAAAAGACCGAGAUAAAAAAUGCUUAGACCAUGGGGUUGAAGUCAUACAGUAGAAUUAUGUGGAUGGAUAUUGCAAGGAAAAUUUUGAAUUUUAUGAGAAAAAGUGUUAAAAAAAAACACACAUACACACACAAAAUAGCAAUUUCAUGAGAAAAAAAAUGCAACAAAAGUCACAAUGUCCCACAAUUUAAAUUUCCCAGGAAAAAAAAAACAUCUUUAUAUUUUUUAUGAACUACAACCAAAAUUAAAAUUUCCACAAAAAAACAUGUCAUUUCACAUGGGUAAAUUUGAAAUUUUCAGAGAAUAGUGUCAAUUUUACAAGAAAUUGUCAUUUUCCAAAACGAAUACGAUUUGUUUUUCAUGAAUACAUUCACACUAACAAAAAGUUGCAAUUCUAUGCAAAAUAAAUUCCAACAAGUCACAAUUUUACAAGAAUAUUAUUUUUGAAUAACAUCGCAAUAAUAUGAAAAGUUUUACAAAAAACAUUUGCAAUUUUCCACUAUUUUUUUUACGUUUGGAAAUUGCCCUUUUCCAAGAAUUGUCUAAUUUGUAUGAAAAAAGUGUCAUUUUCUGAAACAAAAGAAAAGUGUAAAAUUAAGUGAGUGGAUUGUCAUCAAAUUCUGAGAAUUCUUUUUUUUUUUUUUUUACUGUUAAGAGACAAAAAUUGGGUAUUUUGUGAAUAAAGUUGCAAUAUGAUGACGAGUCAUAAAAAAUGUUGCUGUUUGCCGAAAAUAAAGGUGUAAUUUCACUGGAAAAGUGAUAAUUUUAAAAAGUGAAUACAUUCGAAAUAAUGAGACAAAAACUAAACAUUUUAUGAGAAAAACUUAAUUUUGUGAAUACAUUCACAGUAACAUGACAAGAAUUGGCACUCUUACGAAAAAAAAAGAAUUUUAAGUUAGUAUAAUCACCAUUUUCUGAAAAUAUACUGUCAAUUUUUAUGAGGAGGAAAAUAUGUUAUUUUAUUACGACAAGAAUUAGAAAUUUGGCAAAAAUAUUAACAAACACGACAAACAUCACAAUCUUUUUUUUACAAUUUUAAAUUUGCCAUUUUCCGAGAAUAGUUGCAAAUUUACGAAAUUUUCAAGAUUUUAUUCGUGCAAAAUUGAGAUUUAUUUAAAAAAAAAUGUUUUUUAUAAAUGUCUGACUUAGUCUUAUUAAUGUAAGACCCUAAUACUCCGUAGAAUUUACUGGUAUUUCUCUAAACAAAAGUCUUUGUAAAUAGUGUUGAUACGGUGGAGGUUUGUGCAUUUAUUAUAUUUUUUUAUAUGUAUACAGAACACAGGUCUACCUCUGUUUUCUAAUUACAGUAAAUAAAUUGAACUGUUUCCCACAUUUGCUGUGUGAGUUUCCAGCCUGUGUGAUGACUGUUCCAUGCCAAUAAAAUGUC